AUGUCUUCAGAAAGUCCUAUUAGAGUUCUGCUUGUUGGAGCAGGUGCAGUUGGUUUAAUUUAUGCUAGCUAUCUUGAUUGUCAUUCUAAUGUACAAGUCACAGUAUUAGCCCGAUCAAAUUUUACCUCCAUCAAAAAUCAUGGUUCAGAAAUCAGAAUUUUGACUGAUCCUCCCAAAAUAACGACUUACAAGCCAUAUGAAGUUAUUGAAUGGAACGAAAAAACACUUGUAUCAUUUAAUAAAGAAAAUGCUUUUGACUAUGUAAUCAUUGCGACUAAGUCACUUGGAAAAGAUGCUCUUCAAGGACUGCAAAAUUUUAUGACACCAGAAAAAACGUUAAUUAUUUUAUUUCAAAACGGCAUUGAGAUUGAGAGACCUUAUCUUGAUUCUUAUCCUGGAAUUCCACUCGCUUCUGCCGUUGUUCGUGUUGCAGCCAGUUCUGACGGUCUGAGAGUAGCAGAAAUGUAUCCAGGUGGCAUGCGGGUAAUUGCUGGAUUAACCCACAAUUAUGCUGGACAGAUAAGCCUUGAGAAAAAACUUACACAACUCAUGAACUUGUCUUUGAAUGGAGGGAUUGAAAAGUUUUCUUUAUCCUCGAACAUUGACGCGGCAAGAUGGGAGAAAAUGCUAUGGAACGGCACCUUUAACAUGUUGGCAUCUAUUAUGGACCUUAAUACUGGUGAACUUUUAGAAGCUGGUUUAGAAGGAAUGCUUCGGCAAAUGAUGACUGAAAUUUGGCAAAUUGCUCAUGCCAUUUUUGGUUCAGAAUCCAAAGACUGGCCUUCUAUCUCUAAGGUUGACGAAUUGAUGGCAUGGACACUUACUCAUGUUCCAGCGACAUUUGUUCCCAGUACACUUCAAGACGUUCGAAAAGGAAACCAAAUCGAAAUCGAAGCAAUAAUGGGUAACACUAUUAGAGCUGCUGAAAGAGAGAAAGUAGAUGUUCCAACAUUGAAUAAUAUUUACCAACUUCUUAAUGCAGUGAAUUACAGAUUGAAAUUAAAGGCAUCUCAUAAAUUUGCUAAAUCGAAAUAG